CGCGCGUCUCGCAGCAGCUUCCCUCCGCACUGGGACCCAGCAGGCCAGCCUGCCUGGACAGUAAUCCCAGAGGCACCUGAGCCUCCGCUGUACGGCAGAGUCCAUGCCAAGAUGGCCGCGCCCACAAACCAUCUCCGCAAGGCGCCGCCAUCGAAGCUGCAGGACCCUCUGAAGCGGCGCUCGGGGUGGCCGCCACGUCGGCCUCUGACUCCAACCAGGUCCUGACAAAGCCUGGGGCGGUGGGCCGGAGGAGCGCGUCAAGGCCGGGCGUCCGAGGGAGAUGGCUGCCCCCGAGCCCGCGGACAGCGAUGCGAAAGAAUGGAAGCAACUGGAACCUACACAGAGAAACUUAUCAAUGGGUAAGAACAAUUCCCCAUCACUUGGAAUGUGUUCACUGCAGUUCCUUCUGCCUCAGAUCUCAAUGGAAAAUCAAGAUCCCAAACAAGGCAUGAUCUCUAAGUUGGAAAAAGAAGAAGAGCCAUCACUGGGAGAGGCGAAAACAACCAGCCCACAUAGUGUGAGCAAAAUAGCACAACCCAAGAAAUCAGGAGCCAAUGAAAAAGUCCAACAAGAUGAUGAUCACAUAGAGGAAAAGCAGAAAUCUCGAGGCAAGCUCACUGAGGAAGCUACACUCAAGAAGAAAAAUUCAACUAGUAAGAAAAGCAGCGCAUGUGCUUUGUUGGAGAAAAAAAAAGUCAGUACAAAACAUGUUCCUUCAAAAAAAAAGCUUCCGAAAUCUGAUUCACAUGGAAAGAGCUUAAAGCAGAAUUUAGAUUUACCAGAUCAGAUUAAAAACACCACAAAAAAGAAACCGGAUACAGCUAAAGAACACACGAAAUCAUUCAGCCACACCAUAGCUGAUACAACAAAAGAUAAAAUUCCAGCCAGAGAGAAAUGUGAGAAAAUCCUCAACAAAAAGUCACCUGGUAAAGGUGACAGAAAUCACACUGGCAAGAGAUGUGAGAAAGUGUGCCAUCAUAGCUCGUCUCACAGUAAAGAAGACAAGAUCCAGACUGGAGAGAGACAGAAAUCAUCUAGCCAUAGUUCACCUACCAAGUCUGAGAAAGCUCCAGCUUCUGGGAAGCCUUAUAAAUGCAAUCACUGUGGGAAGGUCCUCAGCCAUAAACAAGGACUCAUUGACCAUCAAAGAACUCAUACCGGGGAGAAACCAUAUGAAUGUAAUGAGUGUGGGAUAGCUUUUAGCCAGAAGUCCCACCUGGUUGUACAUCAGAGAACUCACACUGGAGAAAAACCGUAUGAAUGUGUUCAGUGUGGCAAAGCUCAUGGUCAUAAACAUGCCCUCACUGACCAUCUAAGAGUUCAUACUGGAGAAAAGCCCUACGAAUGUAACCAAUGCGGAAAAACCUUUAGACACAGCUCCAACCUUAUGCAGCAUGUAAGGUCGCACACAGGUGAGAAGCCUUAUGAGUGUAAGGAAUGUGGCAAAUCCUUUAGAUAUAAUUCAUCUCUUACUGAGCAUGUGAGAACACACACAGGUGAAAUACCAUAUGAAUGUAAUGAAUGUGGCAAAGCUUUUAAGUAUAGCUCAUCCCUGACUAAACACAUGCGAAUCCAUACUGGCGAGAGACCAUUUGAAUGUAAGGAGUGUGGGAAAGCUUUUAGCAAAAAGUCCCACCUGGUUAUACAUCAGAGAACUCAUACAAAGGAGAAACCUUAUAAAUGUGACGAGUGUGGGAAGGCCUUUGGACAUAGUUCAUCCCUUACUUACCAUCUGCGAACUCAUACAGGCGAUUGCCCCUUUGAAUGUAAUCAGUGUGGUAAAGCCUUUAAGCAAAUUGAAGGCCUUACUCAACACCAGAGAGUUCACACUGGUGAGAAACCCUAUGGAUGUCCCGAGUGCGGAAAAGCCUUUAGUCAAAAGUCACAUCUCAUCGUGCACCAGAGAACUCACACAGGUGAGAAGCCCUUUGAAUGCUAUGAGUGUGGGAAAGCAUUCAGUGCAAAAUCCCAGCUUGUUAUACAUCAGCGAUCCCACACGGGAGAGAAACCCUAUGAAUGUGAUGAGUGUGGGAAAGCCUUUAAACAGAACGCUUCUCUUACCAAACAUAUGAAAAGUCACUCAGAAGAGCAAUCUAAUGAGGAAAAUUAGUUUAGGAAAUCUGACGACUGACUAGUUUGGUCUCGUUCAAUGUUAAAAGAUGGUCUCAACUUGAUGUAGGUUAGAAAAUCUUUUUUAAGGACAUUAUUCCUUGCUAUACAUGAGAGAAUUUGAAUAUGGAUCUUUACAUAAUAGCAAUGGAUUAAUAAUAAAAUUUAAACUUGAUCCUAAACCUAUACAGAAAAUACUGUAUUUUUACACUUAUUAUAAAUUAUCUCCAUAUUAGAGCAAAAUAUGAAUCUUAAAAAAUGUGAAUAAGAUUUGGGGAGAUAACUUAAUCAGUAAAAUUAUUCCUGAGCAAGUAUGAGGACCUGAAUUCCACCCUUAGGAUCCUGUGCUUGCAAUCUCAGAACUGGGAAAGUUGAGACCGGAGAGUCCCUGAAACUACCUGACCAGACAGACUAGCCAAAUUUGCAAGCCAUAUGUCACAGGGAGGAAAUCUGCUUUAAAACAAGAUACAGUUAUCCUGAGGAAAAUACAUUUGACAUUUGGCCUGCACAUACGCACUCACACAUAUGACCACAAACACAAAAUUAUGAAAAUAUUAGUAACAAAUGACCAGUAAAAUAUGCCAAGAAUUCAUGAGCUAUUAGGCUGUUGUGUACUGAAGUACCACAAUUAGUGUUUCAUCUGUGUUUAUGCUUUUGCAUACUUACUGCCUUGUGUAAAAUAAAAGUGUGGUUAUCCCUUCUGGUAUGAUCUAGCUUUCUUUGCUAAUGUCUAUGUCGGCUCUGAAUCAGUAGAAAACUUACUAGGUUUUUUUUUGAAGUAGCAUCUCACUGUGUAGUCCUAGCUAGCCUAUAACUUGCUAUGUAGACCAAACUGGCUUCAAACUAACAGAGAUGUGCUUGUCUCUGCCUCCCAAGUGCUGGGAUUAAAGGCUUGAAUAGAAAAUUUUGUGGGGUUUUGUCUAGAUGUUGUUAAUGAGAGGUUAAGGAAAAGCUGGAAAAUGCCAGUAGAGAAUGAUGCUCAAGUUAUGUUGUUAAGCACAUACAGUGGAUACAGUAUAUUCUCACUGUGGACAAAGAGGGUGUGUUUGCCUGUCUUUUCCUGCCUCUUUGUGUACAAAUGUAAUUAUACUCAUAUAUUUGUAUAUGAAUAGACUUGUUUUUUUAAUCUAGAAGAAACUUUAGUGGUUACCAUUGAACACAGAAGUACAGGAUUGAGGUCUGACAUUUUUAUCGUGUACAUGUGUUAUAUUCAAAUAUAUAUUAAAAUACUUUUAUAUGCACAAAUUAACACAGUUAAAAAAUACAGCUCAGUCCAUUCCACAAUGUUGUUUGACAAAGUAACAUAAGGUUUCUAUGCUCAUUUAUGAACAGUGAAUUUGUGGUAUAUGCCACUAAACCUUGAUAUUGAAUUCACACAAAGAUUGUCCUUUUGAACACAGGUUUUGUUAACAUAACGAUUCACAACUGUAACAGUAUUUUACUUCCCUUGUUUGCUGCUAAACCGAAGAAUAAUUCUGGGUACAGAUGAACGAAUGUGGCAUUUUGAACCAUCAUUCCAUUUUAUUCCAUAUUCAGAGUGUUCAUUAACAAAUGUCUUAGUCAAGGAUUUCAGCUGUAUUGCAACAAAUGUCUCCAUACCUUGUUCUUGCCCACUGAGCAGAUAUUGUUGAUGGAUCACUCACUCUGCUUCUCUCAGAGUCUGUUUCAGAAUGUCAAGCAUGCAUUCCAGAAGGUUCUGCCUGUCAGUUUGACUUUGUUCAAGAGACCUGUCUGCCAUUUCAUGCUUUACUAGCUGGUAUUUACUGCUGUGACAUGUUUACACCAUGACUAAAAGCAACUUGUUGAGAAAGGGAUUUAUUUCAUCUUGCAGCUUCUAGUCCGUUCUCUAUGGAAGCCAGGGCAGGAACUGAAGGCAGAGGCCAUGGAGGAGUACUGCUCGCUGGCACGCUUCUCAUAGCUUGCUCAGCCUGUACUUUUGUACAGUCGAGGGCUGCACCUACCACAGCGAACUGGGCACUGUCUCAUGCACCGUCAAUCAAGGAAAAGCAGCACAGCUUUUCUCAUGGGCAUUUUCUCAACUGAUGUUUCCGCACACACUCACAAUCUUAGCUGAUUCAAGAAGAUCACAACUUUGAAGCAAGCUUACCAAAUACAGGCCCCCUCUUGCUCCUUUCUCCCCCAAGAAAACAUUUGGUUUUGUGUUACCUUUUAUAUUUUCACAGCAUAGUCACUAACGCCUGUCUCAAAAGAGCCAUGGCCCAGUCACUAGAACUUUUCUAGUUUGAUUCGGUUCUCAGUAAAUGUUUUAUGUGCAUCAUGGUCUAGCAUAAUAAUAAUUCCUAAACAAAAAGGGAUCAGAUGCUCUCUGCACAGGCUUCAUUCUUGUUCCCGCCUUCCUGACUUCAUUUCCGAGAACAAUAAAGUAUA